CCUCCGGGAAAUGCGGCUGAGAGAGGCUUUCGUGCUGCUCCUGGGAGCCGAGUCUAGGGAAGUACCAGUGGGCGGCUGAGAUCUAGGGGGCGGGGCUGUGCGGGCGCUAGAUCGAGGGGUGGGGCAGGAGCAUCCCCGAGCCCCCUGGGGAAAGUCCGGCCUCGUUGAGUGGGUAUCUCUGGGCCGAGACUGGGGAAUGUGGAACUAUAGGAUAGGAAGGGGGAGUCUUGACCGAGACAAUGGGUCAAUAAAGACAGGGCAGAGGAAAUAGGAUGGGCAGAAAGGUAGAGGGGCAAGUGUUUCAUCCCAGUCCUCAAAAAGGGCCCAAAGCCGUGAAGCGUCCUAUGAGGGGAAGACACGCGGAGGGCUGGCAAGGCCUGCCCGUGGCACCGUCUUCUAGAGAGUCACAGAUUAGAGUCCUUUAAGGAGAGAGCUUCUGGUGCCCUCCCACACAGCCUUGAGAGUAACCAUGUCUGAGGACAUCUCAAGGAACCUUAGAAAAACCUUGGGGUUCCUCCCCUCACCUCCUGGCUUUGUUCUUCCUUCUGAGAUGGAGCCAUAGGUGCAGUCACCAGGCCCAGCCGCCUUUAGGAGAGCUUGAGGUUCUUCACCCUGGCUGUGGGCCGCCUGCCUUCUCAUCCUUCUGGGGCCUCUGUUUAGAGAUAUGCCCUCUCCUCUUCCACCCCCGUGGAGGCAGGGGGUGGGAGGAUCACUCUUUUUUCUCUAUGAAGGAGAGAAGCAAGAUAUUCGUUCCUGGCAGGUGGAGUAAACAGCACAUGGUGAUGAGUUUCCGGGUGUCUGAGCUCCAGGUGCUCCUCGGCUUUGCUGGCCGGAACAAGAGUGGACGGAAGCACGAGCUCCUGGCCAAGGCCCUGCACCUUCUCAAGUCCAGCUGUGCCCCCAGCGUCCAGAUGAAGAUCAAGGAGCUUUACCGCCGACGCUUCCCCCGGAAGAGCCUGGGGCCCUCGGACCUCUCCCUGCUCUCGCUGCCCCCUGGCACCCCUCCUGUAGGCUCCCCUGGCCCUCUGGCUCCCAUCCCCCCGGCCCUCUUGGCCCCUGGCACCCUGCUGGGCCCUAAGCGUGAAGUGGACAUGCACCCCCCUCUGCCCCAGCCUGUGCACCCCGAUGUCACCAUGAAACCAUUGCCUUUCUAUGAAGUCUACGGGGAGCUCAUCCGGCCCACCACCCUCGCAUCCACCUCCAGCCAGCGGUUUGAGGAAGCGCACUUUACCUUUGCCCUCACCCCUCAGCAAGUGCAGCAGAUUCUCACAUCCAGAGAGGUUCUGCCAGGAGCCAAAUGCGAUUAUACCAUACAGGUGCAGCUAAGGUUCUGUCUCUGUGAGACCAGCUGCCCCCAAGAGGAUUAUUUCCCCCCCAACCUCUUUGUCAAGGUCAAUGGGAAACUGUGCCCCCUGCCGGGCUACCUUCCCCCCACCAAGAACGGAGCGGAGCCCAAGAGGCCCAGCCGCCCCAUCAACAUCACACCCCUGGCUCGACUCUCGGCCACGGUUCCCAACACCAUUGUGGUCAACUGGUCUUCUGAGUUUGGACGGAAUUACUCCUUGUCCGUGUACCUGGUGAGGCAGUUGACCGCAGGGACCCUUCUACAGAAACUCAGAGCAAAGGGCAUCCGGAACCCCGACCACUCCCGGGCGCUGAUCAAGGAGAAAUUGACCGCUGACCCGGACAGUGAGGUGGCCACUACAAGUCUCCGGGUGUCACUCAUGUGCCCGCUAGGGAAGAUGCGCCUGACUGUCCCUUGUCGCGCCCUCACCUGCGCCCACCUGCAGAGCUUCGAUGCUGCUCUGUAUCUACAGAUGAAUGAGAAGAAGCCGACAUGGACAUGUCCUGUGUGCGACAAGAAGGCUCCCUAUGACUCUCUUAUCAUUGAUGGGUUAUUCAUGGAGAUUCUUAAUUCCUGCUCGGAUUGUGAUGAGAUCCAGUUCAUGGAAGAUGGAUCCUGGUGCCCAAUGAAACCCAAGAAGGAGGCAUCUGAGGUUUGCCCCCCGCCAGGGUAUGGGCUGGAUGGCCUCCAGUAUAGCCCAGUCCAAGAGGGCAAUCCUUCAGAGAAUAAAAAGAAGGUUGAAGUUAUUGACUUGACAAUAGAAAGCUCAUCAGACGAGGAGGACCUGCCCCCAAGCAAGAAGCACUGUCCUGUCACCUCAGCUGCCAUCCCGGCCCUACCUGGAAGCAAAGGGGUACUGACAUCCAGUCACCAGCCAUCCUCGGUGCUACGGAGCCCAGCUAUGGGCACACUGGGCGGGGAUUUCCUGUCCAGUCUCCCACUACCCGAGUACCCACCCGCCUUCCCACUGGGGGCCGACAUCCAAGGUUUAGAUUUAUUUUCUUUUCUUCAGACUGAGAGUCAGGUAAGUGGUCCUCCUCUUCCCUUGAAGAUCUCAGAUCUCCGAAGCCUCUUUUCUGGGCACUAGUGGGCACCCUCCCGCUCUCAUUUUCCCUGGAGAC